AGUACAAAACUCUAUGCUGUGAACAGGGCAACUGCCUUCUGGGAAGAUUCUAUUCUCUAAACACACACACACAGACCCCCCUCUCCCCGUCCUCUACGCCCGUCCGCCCCCCUCUCACUCAGUCUCAGAGGGUUUUGUUCCAGCACCGGGCAACUUUUUUUUCCCCUCCACUUCUCCGUGUGUGAGCUGUUUUGUUUUGGUUCUCUUCAGCUGGAUUCCUGAAAUUACUGAAGGAUUCAUUGGACUGUCUAGAGCAUCUCUCCUCAUUUUGAAAUCAUUAUUCACCCCAACGUUUGCAGCAUCCUCGCUCGUCAAUGGUGGAGGCGGGUUUCUUCUGUCCCUGAGAGGAUUACGAGCAUGUGUUAGAAAGAGCGUGUGUGUGAGAAGGAGAGAGAGAGAGAGAGAGAGAGAGAAAGAAGACGUAAGAAGACGAGAGAGACGGAGAUCAUUCGUGCAUGUGACCGUCAGGAAAGGAUGGCUCUGUGGCUCUGAGCUGCCUCGGCUCUCACAGGACGUACUCACAUAAUAAAGAACGAAAGGCUGACUGGCUGACAGACAGACAAACUCCACUCACAAGAGAAUAUCGUUCUUCUCGCGUUUGUCCCAGAGGCUUAACCAAACAGGAUUUCCGUGAUGCCGGCUGAAGUGAAGCAGGAGCAGAGCCCCAGUAACCAGACAUCCCUGGCCAUGAUGCAGGAGCCCCAGGAGGUUGUGGAGGAGACUGUAACCAUAGAGGAAGACCCCGGCACACCCACCUCUCAUGUUUCUGUGGUUACUUCAGAUGAUGGGACUACACGCCGCACAGAGACUAAGGACAAUGUGACUAAUAUGAAGGUGACCAAGGUGGUUAAAACCAUCACACGCCGAACCUUCAAGCCAGUGAUCCUGACACAGUCCAAACCAUCUACUCCCGCACCUCCAUCUACACCAACACCAUCAGAAACAAAACCUGUCACUAAGAUGGUCAAAACAGUGACAACACGGACGGUUCGACAGGUGCCGCUGGGUCCCGAUGGCCUUCCUCUUCCAGAGGGCUCGUCUCCACUGGGAAGCUACACUGACUCCAUUGAUCGGCGCUACAUGAAAAACGGCGAGCGCUUCAUCACACCCCAGGCCACUUCUACCCUGACACGCUCAUACAACAAUUACAGCGACUCCUACAAUGACACUCCAGACAGUCAGUUUCGCCAUUACGCUCUUCACGAUGGAUAUGGAGACGUCCCCGACAACUAUGGAAGUCUGUCUCGUGGAGUCAAUUACAGGCCUUAUCGGCCCUACAUGCCCACUGGUGGAUACCGGCCGGAGAACAGCUACACUCUCCCUAUCCGCAAGGAUGACUAUGGCCAUGUGGCCCAGCCUCAAGUCCCAAUGGGAAGUAGCACUGUGGAUCUCAAUCGUUCUCAGCCUGAGCGCUUUCAACCCGAACCCUACGGCCUGGAAGACGACCGCCGCAGUCUAGGCCCAGAUGAUGAAGAGCCGUAUGACCUAGAGCCCGAUUAUUCCACGGCUAACCGCCGCACACUGCCCGGACGUACCAUUCGAGAGCCAUUGCGCGACGGCCCCCGUGUGAGAGGCUACGAGGACCCCAUUGAGGCUGAAUUAAUUGAUGAAAGACACCCCUACAUCCAUGGCAUGUACCCAGCACCUCUUGCCCAACCCGAGAGGGGCAGCUUGGCCAGUCUAGAUCGCAUGGGUGGCCGUCGUUCCCCCUCGAUUGACAGCAUCCGCAAAGACCCGCGGUGGAGGGACCCCGACCUGCCCGAGGUCAUCGCCAUGCUAGGUCACCCCAUCGAUCCGGUCAAAUCCAAUGCAGCUGCCUACCUGCAGCAUCUCUGCUAUGAAAAUGACAAGAUAAAGAAGGAUGUCAGGCAGCUGAAGGGGAUCCCAGUGCUGGUGGGCUUGUUGGACCACCCUAAAGCUGAAGUCCAUCGCAAGGCCUGCGGAGCUUUGAGAAACAUCUCCUACGGCAAGGACCACGAUAACAAAGUGGCCAUCAAGAGCUGUGAUGGGAUUCCUGCUCUCAUCCGUCUGCUGAGGAAAACCAGUGACAUGGAGGUUCGGGAACUUAUCACAGGAACACUUUGGAACUUGUCGUCCUAUGAGCCAUUGAAGAUGGUGAUAAUUAACCACGGGCUUCAGACGAUGACUAACGAGGUCAUUAUCCCUCAUUCGGGCUGGGAACAGGAGCCAAAUGAGGACUCAAAGCCACGAGAUGCAGAGUGGACCACCGUCUUCAAGAACACAUCAGGAUGUCUAAGGAAUGUGAGCUCAGACGGUGCCGAAGCACGCAGACGGUUGAGAGAGUGUGAGGGGCUGGUAGAUGCCUUGCUGCAUGCGCUGCAGUCGGCUGUGGGAAAGAAGGACAUGGACAACAAAUCUGUGGAGAAUUGUGUUUGCAUCAUGAGGAACCUGUCUUACCAUGUGCACAAGGAAGUUCCAGGGGCUGAGAAGUUCCUGGAUCCCUCAGCUCUUCAAGGCCCCGGCUCUGCUGGCACUCAGAGGAAGAAGAACGAUGAUGCAGGCUGCUUCGGAGGAAAGAAGGCCAAAGAGGAAUGGUUUAAUCAAGGGAGGAAAAACGGAGAGCAUGACAAAAACUAUGACACAUUGGACCUACCCAAGCGCACAGAACCCACUAAAGGUUUUGAGUUACUGUAUCAGCCGGAGGUGGUCCGACUCUACCUGUCCCUGCUUACAGAAAGCCAGAACUAUAACACACUAGAAGCAGCGGCCGGGGCUCUGCAGAACCUCAGCGCUGGACAGUGGACAUGGUCCAACUAUAUCCGGGCGACAGUGCGUAAGGAGAAAGGGCUGCCAAUACUCGUCGAGCUCUUGCGCUCAGACUCGGACAAGGUGGUGCGAGCUGUGGCCAUUGCUCUGAGGAACCUGUCCAUCGACCGCCGCAACAAAGACCUGAUAGGGAGUUACGCCAUGAGGGACUUGGUCAGCAACUUGCCCAGUGGACAGCAGCGACCUGCCAAGAACCUGGAGGAGGACACAGUGGUGGCCAUCCUCAACACCAUCCAUGAAAUCAUCACUGACAGCUCGGAGAACGCCCGCUCUCUCAUUACUGCUCAAGCAAUCGACAAACUAGUUGCCAUCAACAGGACCAGCCAGUCAGCAAGGGAGACCAAAGCUGCUUCCCAUGUACUACAGACGGUUUGGAGCUAUAAGGAUCUGAGAAACGGCCUGACCAAGGAUGGCUGGAAUAAAACACACUUUCAGUCUCUUCUUGAUCCUUCUCAGCCGAUAGCAGCUGGAACUCCCAAAGGAUCCAAGAGUUGCAAGCCUGGCUACGACGAUACUACACUCCCCUUGAUGGAGAAGAACCAAGGCAACAGAGUGUGUAGCGGUGGGGAUAUGAUACCUAUGGACGAACUCGGUCCAGACGGCUAUUCGACGAUUGACCAGAGAGACAAAGACUCCAAGUACAAGAGCAGCGACGGUUCAUCAGAUCUGCAGGAGCGGGAGCCGUUAAAGAAUGACACAAAUAGGAAACACUAUAUCAGGAGCAACAGGCCAACUGUCAGUCUGGUGGAUGCUUGUGAUGUUAAACCUCAGCCUGUUGACUCCUGGGUCUAAAUGCAUGCAUGGCUUAGCUAGCAUCAGCGCCACAUCUUACCACACAAGGAUUUCACAAGUCACCACUGCCAUUAACCGCAGAGCUCACCGUGAUGUGGACUCAUCUGAAGACUUUUGCCUAAAAGAGCAGCCACUGUUCAUCCAACAGCCAAUAUUUUGAGAUUUCUCAGCAAGUGAGAAAAUGCCACUUCUCAUAUGUACAUUCCCACUGGACGUAGUGUACCCAGAAGUGAGGAUUUGUUUUCAUGGAUUUGAGUGUACAGGAAGUGCUGGCGUGGACGUGGACGUGUAUUGGAAAGAAUUGGAUUGAGGGGUAAAAGGAAAUAAGAAAAAAAACUAUUUUUAUGUCAAAACAAAAAAAAUAUAUAAUUUUUGCCUAUAUUAUUUUCGGUGUAUGUUUCUGCCUGAUCACUGUUUGUUUUGUGGAUUUGUUUUCGCCAGAAGUGCAGUGAAUUGUAAUUUUUUUUUUUUUAGCAUUUUAAUGAAAGUUUGGGCUUUCUAAAGGAGUUGAAGACACUUGUGAAAGGAUGAAAAAUAAUGUUUUUUUUGUUGAUGUUCAUUAUAGUGGUGUGGGGGCACAUAAAAAAGUCUGGGGGGGAUCUAUAUUGAACUGCACGCUUUUGCAAUUUCUGUGUGCUGGCUUUAUAAAGCAACUUUAAAGACAUGUUAUCACUGUGUUUGUUUCUUCUCACUGAGAACUGUUGUUCAAAAGCAGGGAUUUACCCUGCACAAUGACAUCUGCUCAUAGCGGAGCUGAGAGGAGGAGAGCUGCUAUGCUUUCGGCUGGAUUUGGUCUGCUGAUCCCAUAUUCCCUUUGACAUGUCGAGCUUCAGAGGCAUGCUGGGUAACACUGGCACUUACCAGCUAUUGCUUUGGUUAUGGGGUAAUGAGGGAAAAAAUAUCGAUUUGUUAAUAUGUAGAUUGUGGUAUGAGGGAUAGUAGGAGGAUUCAUUUGCUCCUGUUGUCAUAAAAGUAGAUUUUCAAAGCAUUUUCUAUUUUUGUUGUUUUAUAAAAGUGUAUAUUAGGUUACAAAUAUUAAAAAAAAGAGGGCGCAAAAAGCUCACAAUCAUCUUUAUAACAUUGAUAGUGUGAAUCCAUAACAGUUUGUUCAGAGCACAUUCAGUAUACCAUACAUAAAGCAUGACCAUGUUUGUAUAAAAAUUAUUAAUAAUAUAAUAAACAGAUCAUUGCUUUAGUUAAAUGUGUAGCAAAGGCUGUAGAGUCAUUGUCUAUUUAUAUUUUAUACUUUUUACAUCUUGUUUUGUUUAAUGGAAGCAUUUCUUUUCGGUGUUCCUUUUUCAAAUGGAAAACGUGUUCAAAAUGAUCUGACUAAAAAAUAAAUAAAAAAAAAACGAAUUAAUUUCAGAAGAGGAAGCAGGGAUAGAUACUUCCUUUCAUUUCAGCUCACAUCUAAACCAGAAUACUUUUACAUCAAAAAUGCAUCUCCUGAGUAUAACAAAAAGCAUGACAAAUUUGUAAUGUUUUCAUUCAUUUAGUUUUAUGUAAUUGUAAUUUCGAUAUUACAUUGUGGACACUCAAAUGUUCCGCUGUCAGUGUGAAGAAAUCCUGUGUUAUACAUAUACAAAUAUGGGCAAACACUGACAUAUGAAGUACGAAGUUUUUAUUCCAUACAGUUUCCUCAUAAUGUGAAAUAUGCAGCUCACACCUGCUUCAUCAUCUGAUUUCUGUCAUGUGACUCUAUAUCUAACUCUAUAGCAAGUUUUUUUUCCAUAGUGUUUUAACAGAGAUUCCUAAUAAUGAAAUAACAGUGUAUUGAUUUCAUUUUUAAACCGGAAAUGUUGUGUACAUUCACAUCGAGAUCUUUAGCCUUGUGUAGGUUCAUUAUUAAUAUUUGACUGUCUGUUCCUGACUGCCUUUUUUUGCAGAAAACAACCAAAGGAUUUUGGUACCGUGUAGUACAAGAGGUUCCCAGAGUGUCAAUUUGCAUCAGAUUGUAUAUUUAUAGAAAAAUGGAUGUUGAAAUGGAUUCAAGAGAAACCUACCAUUGUAGAUAUCACUAAUUCAAAGCAUCAAAACUCAGUGUGUGUACAACUUGGUAGCAAAUGUGUUUGUAACUAUCAUGUGCCUUAACCUUUUUCCAUGUUAGAUGAAAAUAAGUGUGUUUUAUAUGUUUUGUUGGUCCCUAACUGCUCUUUCUCUCUCUCUCUAUCUCAGUCUCUAUCUCUCUCUCUGUCUCUAUGACACACACACACACACACACCUCCUCUCUCUGGCUCCUCCCACUUUCACACACUCUGUGUUCUCAAUGUAGUGUAGACUGGUGGUGGGUUUUGCCUUGUAUUAUAAACUUUUAAAAGAUAGACACAUUAAAAGGGUUUGAUUAUAUAGUUGUUAAUGCUUUCCUAGCGCUCAAGAACAAUGCCACAGUGACCGAAUGUAUUGUUCAUUUUACUAAUACCCAGAAGAGAGAACUGCUCUUGUUAAAGAUAAAUACAGGUUUGUAGAAUAUCACUUUGGUGUGUUUUCAAUAAAUCAUGCCUGAAAAGAG